UAGCUCUCCCUUUGUGUAUGUGCAUUUGUGUGUCUUCAUGUGAGUCAGCUGCAUCCUCAGCACCUGGGACAUUACCUUUCAUAUCCACAGGGAAAGCCUCGCUGACACUUGGCUCAUCAAGUUUGUCGAUCAGGGCUUCGAGCCAGAAUCUUUGCGGGUGUUUGAGAGAGGAGAAGGAGGUCAACAUGGGCUCCAGCUCCUCCUCCUAUGCCCCUAAAACCAUUUACCUGGAUGUGGAUGGGAAAGUGCAAAAGGUGGUGUUCAGUCGGCACUGCAGCCCCUGUGACAUCAAGGAGCUUCUGUGUUCCUCAUCUCACAUUCCCAGGAACACUGCCAUCAUGAUGGUGGACCCAGAAGGGGCCUUGGUCUCCAUAGAUCCAACCAUGCCCACCAACUCUCCAAACUUUCUGUACAAAGUUGUUCCUCUGUCUACUGGUCAACUUGGAGAGAAGGAGGACAUGUUUCAGAACGUGUUGUCCCAGGUGGCUGAUCAGUUCAGCAGAGCCUUUCGCAUCAAUGAGUUGAAGACUGAGGUCACCAACAGACUAGCAAUGCUGGAGAAGAGAGUGGAAUUGGAGGGCUUGAAGGUGGUGGAGAUUGAGAAGUGUAAAAAUGAUCUGAAAAAGCUACGAGAUGAGAUGACUUCAAGAGGUGGUGGCAGAGUAAACUGUCCAUGCAAAUACAACUUUGACGAUGGGAAGAAGGUAACUCCUAGACGAGAUGUCCCCAAUUACCCAAAGUACACACUGUCUCAGGAGACUGUUGAGGCGCUCAAGAAGCCAACGUUCGAUGUCUGGCACUGGGAACAUAACGAGAUGCUAAGUUGUUUGGAGUAUAUGUACCAUGACUUGGGAUUGGUGAAGGAAUUCAACAUGAACCCCAUCACACUCAAACGCUGGCUGUUGGCUAUUCAGGAGAAUUACCGUAGCAACCCUUUCCACAACUUUCGCCACUGCUUCUGUGUUAGUCAGAUGAUGUAUGGCAUGAUUCACCUCUGCAACCUACAGGAGAAGCUGACUCUCACAGAUAUGGGCAUUCUAAUGACAGCUGCAGUGUGUCAUGACCUGGACCACCCUGGCUACAACAACACGUACCAAAUCAAUGCCCACACAGAGCUGGCAGUGCGCUACAAUGACAUAUCUCCGCUGGAGAACCAUCACUGUGCUGUGGCCUUCCAGAUCCUUUCUCUUCCUGAGUGCAAUAUUUUUGCAAAUGUGGAUCCUGAGGCCUUCAAACAGAUCCGACAGACAAUUAUCACCCUCAUUCUGGCCACCGACAUGGCCAGACACGGGGAGAUACUAGACUCCUUUAAGCAAAAAGUGGACAACUUUGAUUUCACCAACGAAGAGCAUGUGACAUGUCUGAAGAUGGUUUUAAUCAAGUGCUGUGACAUUUCCAACGAAGUGAGGCCAACUGAGGUAGCUGAGCCAUGGGUGGACUGCCUACUGGAGGAGUACUUCAUGCAGAGUGACAGGGAGAAGUCUGAGGGUCUCCCUGUGGCUCCCUUCAUGGACAGAGAUAAAGUCACCAAACCCACUGCUCAGAUUGGAUUCAUCAAGUUUGUCCUCAUCCCAAUGUUUGAGACUGUCAUGAAGCUUUUCCCUCAGAUUGAGGAGAUCAUGGUUCAACCUUUAAGAGACUCUCGUGACCACUAUGAGGAGCUGAAACAGAUUGAUGAUGCCAUGACAGAGGCACAGAAGAAAAAAACUGAAAAUAUGUCAUUAGGCGGGAAGAAGAAGUAAGCUCUGCAGUGAGUGAGUGCAAUGGUAUCUGUGGGUCUUCUUUUGUGAUUACACUCAGGAAAGACUUUAAAACAUGCGAGUGAGGCCUCGGUGAAGACGUUUGGCUGUGUUGGCGGAUGGAUCAGGAUCAGAAGGGAGAGAAAAGAGACUGCUUGGCUACAUACUGAACUAAACUUAGACGUCAAGGUGGAAUCUUGACCUUUGACUUAGACUUUUGCACUGGAUGUAACAGAGAGGGACCUGCUGACCUCUUUGUAUAGUAUGGUGUUUAUGUUGUUCUUUCUACUUACAUUUUUUAUUUCAUUUUAUUUAUUUACUUUAUUUCAUCUCAAUAGUGAAGGACACAUUUCUUCAAAAACAAAGCUACAGUAUUUUAAGAUUAAUAACAUUAAUU